AUGAUUGAAAACCAUCGCCUCCUACAAGCAAACUUGAAUCACUCCGCCAGGGCACAGGACUUAUUACUCCAAACCCUGGCGGAGUGGAAUAUAGACCUGGCAGUUGCGGCCGAACCGUACCGUGUCCCCGCGAAAUCCAACUGGAUCGGCGAUGCGGACGGUUCGGUCGCAAUCAUUGGAAGAGGCACGGCAGAUGCCAUCCCCCUGACCUUAAUAGGCAGGGGAGGCGGCUACGUGGCCGCACAAUGGGGGGAAAUUGCCGUGGUGGGGGUAUAUUUUUCGCCUAACCGCGACCAGGCCGAAUUCCGGGCAUACCUGGACCGGGUGGCGACAGCUAUACGUCGCCAGCUACCCGGUCCAGUGUUAGUAGCGGGGGACCUCAAUGCCAAGUCGGCGGAAUGGGGUUCCCCCGUGACCGACGCCCGCGGCCUGGACCUCGCGGAAUGGGGGAAUGAGCUGGGCCUCGUAAUUCUCAAUAGAGGCUCAGCUCACACCUGCGUGCGGCACAACGGCGGGUCGAUCGUCGAUAUUACAUUCGGCAGCCCGCCGGUCGCACGCAUGGUCAGCGGCUGGAGGGUCAUGGAGGGGUCGGAGACGUUAUCGGACCACCGAUAUAUACGGUGGAAUAUCUCCGACCCGGCCCUGGGACACCAGCCGCUCCCCCCUGGACGUGGAGGCGCAACCCCACCCCCCCGCUGGGCACUCAAACGCCUAGCAGAGGACGCCUUGAUGGCUGCCGCUUCGGCAAAGUCUCUGGAGCCUAUACCAGAGCCUGACGCCUGCGACAUUGAGAGGGAGGUAACCUGGUUUCGGGAAGCCAUGACGCAAGUCUGCGACGUGGCCAUGCCCCGGAUCCGGGCCCUCCCUCAGAGGAAGGCGGUGUACUGGUGGUCACAAGAAAUCGCGCACUUACGCGCUGAUUGCGUAAGAAAACGCCACCAGUAUACCAGAUGUCGUCGCAGGCGGCACACGGAGGCCGAAGCGGCUGCGCUGUACGCUGUUUACAGAGAAGCUAACAAGCAGCUGCAGCGCGCCAUCAAAAGGGCCAAAGACAAGGCCUGGGCAGAGCUCCUGGAGACUCUCAAUGAGGAUCCAUGGGGGCGUCCCUACCUGAUCGUCAGAAAGAAACUGCGGUCAGGGGGCCCCCAAUUACGGAGAGUCUCCACCCCCAAGUCCUGGAGGACGUGGUGUCCGCCCUAUUCCCCCACGUUGGGGGAGGGGCGAUGA